UUCAGAAGCCAAAAAAAUCAAAAAAAAAAUAGAGAAAGAAAGAGAGAGAGAGAGAGGGACAUUUCGCAUCUGCUGCCACCUCUCCCAUCACCUGCCCACUUCUUGCUGUUUUCGCAUUGGGGUCCCUGUGAAAUUUUGGUAUUUGCAUACAGGUCCCUGGCCGGGCCGCCCGGCCACCGGAGGAGCACCUCGCCGGAGAAAGCUUUGUUUUUUUUUCGUGCUCUUCUUUUUUUCCCCUCUUCGACACCAGCGGCGGCGGGCAUGGGGUUCUCGCUGUACCCCAUGAAGACGUCGACGCGCAUGCUGUGGAGCACCAGCUUCUUCCGCCAUAAGGUCGCCUCCUCCUUCUAAGCCCACGCCCUUCUCCGGCGGCGGCAGAGGCGCGGCUGCUGGUUGCUGCUGCGCGCGUGCGUGCGUGAAGAGGAGCAGCUUGGAGAUUUGGGUUUUCUUGGGUUUCUUGGGAAGGGAUCAGGAGGAGGAAGAGGAGAGCAUGGAUCCCGGCCGCGUCGUGUUCGACUCCGGCGUGGCGCGGCGGGCGGGCGGCGGCGCGCAGAUGCUGCUCUUCGGCGGUGGCGGCAGCGCCAACAGCGGCGGCUUCUUCCGAGGCGUGCCGACGGCGGUGCUGGGGGUGGAGGACGCGCGGGGGACGGCGGCGGUGGGGAAGCGGCCCUUCUUCACGACGCACGAGGAGCUCCUGGAGGAGGAGUACUACGACGAGCAGGCCCCCGAGAAGAAGCGGCGGCUGACGGCGGAGCAGGUGCAGAUGCUGGAGCGGAGCUUCGAGGAGGAGAACAAGCUGGAGCCGGAGCGGAAGACCGAGCUGGCGCGGCGGCUCGGCAUGGCCCCCCGGCAGGUCGCCGUCUGGUUCCAGAACCGCCGCGCCCGGUGGAAGACCAAGCAGCUCGAGCACGACUUCGACCGCCUCAAGGCCGCCUACGACGCCCUCGCGGCCGACCACCAGGUCCUCCUCUCCGACAACGACCGCCUCCGCGCGCAGGUAAUCUCACUAACCGAGAAGCUUCAAGACAAGGAGAUGUCGCCGUCGUCAGCGACCAUCACCACCGCGGCGCAGGAGGUCGACCAGCCGGACGAGCACACGGAGGCCGCGUCAGCCACAGGCUGCGGCGGCGCCACCGUCGACGACGCGUUGGCGGCGCCGCUGGCCGCCCAUCAGCAGCAGCUCAAAGAUGAUCUCCUCAGCAGCGGCGCCACCACCAACGACAACGACGUCGGCGGCGGCGGCGUGGCGGCGGCGGUGGUCUUCGACGUCGCCGAGGGCUCCAACGACCUCAGCUGCGAGUCGGCCUACUUUGCCGCCGCCGCCGCGUCGGCGUACGGGCGCCAGUACGCUCUCUCGUCGGAGGAGGAGGACGGCGGCGCGGUCAGCGACGAGGGCUGCAGCUUCGGCCUCCCCGGCGACGCCGCCAUGUUCGGCGCCACCGCCGGGGUGGUGCACCACGCCGCCGGCGACGAGGAGGCGCAGCUCGGCGGCUGGACCGCCUGGAUCUGGAGCUGAUGGACAUGUGCACCGUGCGCAAUGGCAUGGAUGCAUGCAUGAACACCAUGAACGUGUCGUCGUCGCCGCCGCCGAUCGGCCGUUGAGAUCAUCGUCGACUCCUCGAUCGCCUCUGCGUCCUUGCUUAAACACUGUUACUAUAUGUUAAUUAUUAUUAAUUAUGAUUAUAUGUGCGAUUAAGUACGUAUUUUGUCGUAAGUUGUGUUCUUCAAAUUGUAUGUUUUGAAGGUGCCAUGUAAUUCAUACACGAUAUAAAAGUGGAUCAUCAAUGAUAGUAUGAUACUCGAAAGAUUGGAAUAAUUGCAUGAGCUGACCUAGACACAA